AUGGCGCGACAUGCCGCAGCCAAGACUGCCGCCUUCCUACGCUGGACCGACGCCCUACGGGACGCGUCCUCACCAUGCCACGACGCAGCGGUAUCCCAGCUGGCCAACCUCCCCAGCCCUGUCCUAUCCGAGGUUCUGCGCAGCGUGGACCCGAUCGUCAACCCCGAUCUCGACAUAGCCCACGGGCUGACGGUCAGCCAGGGCCACGCACAGGUGACGGACGUGGGCAAGCUGAUGGACCGGUUCGGCAUGCGGCUGCACCACGUGCGCGUCCUGCAGGGCGUCAUGGCCAUCCUGCAUCUUCGGGAGAGGCAACAGCAUGAGCAGCAACCAUCGGGACCGCACGGUCGAGAGGACGGCAGGCGACACUACUUUGCCCUGCGACCGGCCGACUUUGACGCCAUGCUGCGCUGCGUAGGCGCGGCGGUCGACUUCCGCGCCGCCGUCGCCGUCUUCGGCGCCAUGCACGACCACGGGCUCACGUCCCUCCGCACGACGCGGACGUGGAUCGAGUUCCUCAAGGCCCGCUACCUCCUCGACCCGACGUACUAUCAGUUCGACCGGGCGCGCGUGGCCGUCGACCCUCGGGACGUCCUCACAGGGAGGGACCUGUCAGCGGCAGCAGACCGCCACGACUCCGUCACGAGGCUCGACCGCAUCCGUCUGAGCGUCAACGCCUUCCAGCGCGAGCCCUUCUGGAGUCACCUCGUCCGGCAGCAGUCGUACCCCAACAUGGCGACCGAGGAGCUCCUGUGCGCCGACAUGGUCGGUCUGGCGCGGUCCAACGACCGGCAGGCCAUCCUCGGGCGCAUCCUGGCCGACCAGUACGGGAUACUCGUCGACGACGACGAGGCGCGGCCCAUCACGGGCGGCAGAGACUUCCUACCCGGCUCGCCCCUGCGCCCCACACCCCGCCUCAUGGCCGCCCUCGUCGAGUCCCUGGGAUCAAUGGCCGAGGUGUCCCUAGCCAUGCAGCUAGUGGACUUCGUCUCGCGGCGCUACGGGCUGCCCAUCCCGCGCGACGUGUGGUCCUCCCUUCUCAGCUGGACGUACGUCGGCGCGUCCAAGAAGCUGCGGCGAAUGCGGCGCAUCCACCCCACCGGCCGCGACGCCCACGUCGACACCCGCGACGUCCUGCAUGUGUGGCGUGUAAUGGUGUCGGAGCCGUACGCCGUCGAGCCGUCCUUCGAGGAUCUGGAUGUGCACAUCCGCAGCCUGAUAAUCACACGUCGCGUCCGCAGAGCCAUCAGCCUCAUCCGCCACUCCGCUGUGCCCUACCACGACUCUCUCGUCACGGAGUUCGAGACCGCCCUAUUCGACGAGAUACUCCUCAAGGAUGCUGCCUCCUUCUCUCCAUCAUCGUCGUCGUCAUCAUCAUCGACAAUCUCGAAGGCCAUCCACCGUCGUCGCCAGCUGGAAACGAAAAAGGACCACGUGGCCAACCGGAUGGCCAUCUGGCUCGACGACAUCCUCCGCACGACGUCCCAGGUCUCCCGUCUGCGCCGCAGCACCGUUACCACGGCCCUCAUCCCCAACCUCGUACGCGACUUCCCCCACCUGUUCUACAGGGGUGUGCGCUACCGCACGGCGACGGGCGAGGUGUCCAUCCGCCAUGUCGACCGUGAGGCUUCCCGCUGUCGAUGGGCGUCCAUGGACGAGGUGGAGAGACGUGUCCUCCCUGCCAAGCUGGGCUCUCACCUCGUCGGUCUGGACGCCGUCGAUAGACACGGAAAUCCGCGUGCCAUGCCGGGCGUCGGGCCGGCCUUUGUCGAGAACCCGGACUUUGAGUGGCCCGUCGUGGAGCCCUUGCGCGUCUUGCAGCGCAGGAGAACGCCCAGGACGAGGAUAGCCGAUGUAGCCUGCCCGCCCGUGAAGGGGGCUGCCCAGGCCGAUAGGAGGAGGUGGUGGGGCGAUGUGAAGAUGCAGCUCAUGAUGUGA